AAGAUUAUGUCGAAUGUGUUCUAAAGAGUGAAGUGAAACUCACUUUGGUGUCUUUGCUGAAAGAACAACACAACCUCAACUGGAACAUGAAGAGCUUCAAAACAUGCACUUCAACCUUAAACAUCACCACCACUUUCUUCCCUUUCAAUGAUAAUAAUCUCUGCACCGCCAACUUUCUCACUCCUUCCUUUCAAAACCAAAAACCAAAACUUAUAACUCAGAAUUUCAAACCCCUUAUUCUCUUAUGCGCUUCUUUUCCAAGCCCACAAGCUAGUAGUGCUUCCAUGGCUCAAGUUGAAGAGCAAGCAGAUAUUGAAAUUGUAAAGGGUUAUACUAUGACUCAAUUUUGUGACAAAAUGAUAGAUUUAUUUCUGAAUGAGAAAACCAAAUCAAAGGAAUGGAGGAAGUACUUGGUAUUUAGGGACGAAUGGAAGAAAUAUAGGAAUAGCUUCUUCAUUAGAUGCCAAAGAAGAGCUGACAUGGAGAAUGAUCCAACAAUGAAGGAAAAAUUUACUUCAUUGGGGAGAAGGGUGAAGAAGAUUGAUGAUGAAAUGGAAGGACACUACGAACUUCUCAAGGAGAUACAAGAUUUUCCGACCGACAUUAAUGCCAUAGUUGCACGAAGGCGCAAAGACUUCACUGGAGAAUUUUUCCGCUACCUCUCUCUUAUUGCAGACACUUAUGACAGCUUGGAUGAUCGUGAUGGGAUCGCCAGGCUAGGAGCUAAAUGCUUAUCUGCCGUCGGUGCAUACGAUAAUACUCUGAUGAAUAUGGAGACGUUAGAUGCUGCGCAGGCCAAAUUUGAUGAUAUCCUUAAUUCUCCUUCCAUCGAUGUAGCUUGUAAGAAAAUCAAAAGCCUUGCAAAAGCAAAGGAACUUGAUUCUUCAUUGAUAUUGUUGAUAAGUGGUGCUUGGGCUAAAGCAAAAGAAUCUACAACAAUGAAGAAUGAGGUGAAAGAGAUAAUGUACCAAUUGUACAAGACCACAAAGAGCAGCCUAAGGACUAUUGCCCCAAAAGAAAUAAGGCUAUUGAAGCAUUUGCUAAACAUCAUAGAUCCCGAGGAGCGAUUCUCUGCCUUGGCAACAGCUUUCUCCCCUGGUGAUGAACAUGAAGCCAAAGAUCCUAAUGCUUUAUACACUACGCCAAAGGAACUGCAUAAAUGGAUUCAGAUCAUGCUAGAUGCAUAUAAUCUGAACAAGGAAGAAUCAGAUUUGAGAGAAGCUAGGCAAAUGACUGAUCCUAUAGUUAUUCAGAGGUUGUUUAUCCUCAAGGAUACUAUUGAGAAGGAAUAUAUGGAAAACAACACUGUUCCAAAGUCCGAGACUGAAGAUGACUCUCAAUCAGAAGUGUUUUAAGUUGGUCAUUUGUUUCCCGUUCGUGAUACCGUUUUUGAUCGAGAGAAGCGUUAUGCAGGGUUGAAGUGAAGAAAAUGAAUGAAUGUUUGGGUGGUAGGAAGUUGAUAAUAGAAAGUGAUUUACGCCAACGGAGGUUGGUUAAAGAGUUGGCUCAUACCUCAUAAUGGCGGGGACUUAACUCCCACUGCUGGCGUGAGUGCUACAUUGGUGGGUAAUUAGUAAGAACAUUUGUCAGUGAUGUAUGAGCUUUAAGGCCUACCAUGACUUUGGUGAACUCCGGAAUCCAACUCACAUAAACUUUAUAUGCCAAAACAAAAGUGAUUAGCUCUGACUUGGAUUCGAUUCCAGAGUUCUUCUGUCUGUAGGUUAUAUGAAAAUUUUAUCGUAAGUUUUUGUUGAAAUUGA